AUGAAGUUUCUGUGUGCUCACGAAUGCUCUGGCGAGCACCACCUGAUCAUCGACGACUCAGAAAAUUUGUCGCGCGUGGUCAUCAGCCGCAUCACCAACAUCAUCGAGUCUGGGGCCAAGCCGAUCCUCGUCAACGAGAACUUGGCAGUGCAGGCUCUGAACAGUGCGCUCUUCAACCAGCAGGAGCUUGAAGUUGUGCAGAAGAAGAUCGAGGUUCGGGAUCUGGAGACGUUUGGCCGUUGCGAAGUCGAUAACGUUGUCGACCGGGUUUUUGUCACGAUGAAGAGCGACGAGCCAAUCAAGCGGCAGCUAUUUGAGCGGUGCAAGAAACUGAGAAUUCCGAUCAACACCAUCAACUCGUCUGAACUUUCGUCGUUCACAAUGUUAUCUACAUACAAGAAGGGCGAUUUCCAGCUGGGAGUGACAACCACGCACCAGAGCUGCAAGCUGGCGAAUCGGCUAAAAAGAGAGAUUGUUCAGAAGCUGCCUGAAAAUUUGGACCAAAUCGUUAGUAACAUCGGCAAUUUGAAGCGCAGGAUUCAGUUCAUUGACAGCGAGGAUGAAGAUAUUCUGGAUGACGUCAAGGAUGUCAAAAGACCUAGAUGGCUUUCGCAGAUAAUCGAGUACUAUCCCCUCAGCAAGCUUGCAGACAUAUCUAUUUCUGAUCUGACCGAUGCCUACGCAAAUAUGCCUGUGGUGGAACAACAGCACGCUACAAAACAGGGCCGCAUUUCUCUGGUCGGAUCGGGCCCGGGAUCGCUGUCGAUGCUCACGGUAGGCGCCUUGCACGAGAUCUACAACGCAGAUCUUAUCUUGGCCGACAAGCUGGUGCCGCAGCAGAUCAUAGACAUUAUUCCUAAAAAAACCGAGGUUUUCAUCGCCAGAAAAUUCCCCGGCAAUGCCGAAAACGCACAGCAGGAGCUGCUCAACAUCGGAAUCGAAAACCUCCAGCGGGGAAAACACAUUGUCCGUCUCAAACAGGGAGAUCCGUACAUCUUCGGCCGCGGCGGCGAGGAGUACAAUUUCUUUGCUUCGCACGGCUAUAAGCCUGUUGUGAUGCCGGGCCUGACGUCGGCGCUGGUAGCACCGGUUGUUGCAACCGUGCCCACUACCCACAGAGACGUCUCCGACCAGGUUUUGGUUUGUACGGGCACGGGAAAAAAGGGGAAAUUGCCCGAUUUACCUGUUUUCCAGUCGAACAGAACAGUGGUGUUUCUGAUGUCGCUGGGAAAGAUGGUGGAUAUUCUGCCGUUGUUAUAUGACAGAAAAUGGCCUACAGAUCUGCCGGUGUGUGUGGUGGAAAGAGCCUCGUGUCCAGACCAGCGUCUGAUCCGUACCAGAUUGGGAGAUUUGAUCGAUGUUUUGAAGGCUGUGGAAAGCCGGCCUCCAGGAUUGCUGGUGACCGGAUACUCCUGCGAGGUGUUAUGUAAGCUCGACAAUGGCCAGAAAUACCGCAUCGAGGAAGGAUACCACGAGACUCAUGUGCGAACGUCAUUGCAUGACAUAAUCGGCGUAUUGAGCGAAGACAAACUGCCCAAAUAG